AUGGAGAUCGUUUUGGACUACGGUGCUAUGGAUAUGUGGAAUUACGGGUUUCAUAGAACAGAUGCUUUAUCAAUUUUGUUGCAAAUUAAGCGCCAAAACAAACAGAUUCAACUUAAGAGUAGAUGGUUACUCGGCAUUCCUCCCACAAGAUCUGAGAAGAAGAAGUUGAAAAAAUAUUUCAAAAAUAGGUAUUUGUCUGAGUCUUUAAUCAGGGAAGACGAUAUGUUUUAUGAGUUAGUAAAAACUCAUGUUGAAGACGCCCUUGGAGAGCGCCGUUUUGAACAAGAAAAUGAUGUCCCUCAGGAGGACAUGGAUUUAAUUCAAACACCAAAAUUGAAAAGGUUGAUAUCACCGUGCCUUGAUAAAUUGACUACCAAAGGUCUCUAUCUUCUUGCUAUGAUAGUUACUGGUGGCUCAUACAAGUCUGAAAUAACACGUUGCAAAAUGAAAAAGGUUAUCAAGGGUUCUCUUUCAAGCGUUCUGGGUAGCAAAAGCCAUAAUCAUCUGGAAACAUGUAAACAGAUUUUUGCACUUCUCAACAAUCCACAGAAUUUCCGAGAUAGGUAUGAGCCUUUGGCUACAUUAAGAUCCCAAUCUUAUCAUGCUGCUGCAGCAAAGGUAUUGCAUGGACUGGAAAACUUGACAUCUCAGACCUUGAUCGCAAUGCGUAGAAAACUUAAAGGAGUGAAAGCACCAGUGCCUCAGUUACAACCUCGCAAACAUGGAUGGGCAAGAGAUCAUCUGAUCAAGCUAGUUAAGAAAAUCAGUGGAGAAAUGCUUUCUCAACUUGAUAGAGAAAGUGAGUUGCAAGAGCCAUUAGCCAAAGCCAUGGCAGUAGCAGAUUUAUCACUAAAACUUACAACUGGUUCUCGUAACAUAUUUUCAAAAGAUUUUUACCAAUUCUCCCCUGAGGUGAAGUCCUUGCAAAGUGAUAUUAUGAAUGCUAUAUGGUCUGUUAAGAAAGUAGUGACAGUGCCGGAGCUAAGAAGAUUACAGCUUCUCAUAGAACCAAAGGCUAUAAUAUCAAACAGGUGCAUUCGGGCAGCUUUUGUAAAUUUUUUGACUGAAUUUCUUUUUGAGUGCAAUGAUAUGGAUAGUGUUCCAAAGUCUCUAUCACAGAUACUAGAUGUUAUUAACAGAGGGUCUAAUAAUGGUUUGCACGACGUAUUAUUGAAAAAGAAGAAUAUUGAAGAAGAAGUUGACUACAUACUAAACUUAAGUGCUUUGACAAAACAAUUUGUUUUGGAUUUGUUGCCUGAUGAUGAAUUUGAUAACGACUUCACUGAUGCUUACAUGGAGCAAUCGGAAGAAAGUGAUGACAGCUGCAGUGAUGAGGGUGAUGAUAGUCAAAUUGAGGAGGGUAUACCAUUAAAAAAUGAAACAUUUAAUUCAAUGGAUUCAUGCUAUGAAGCAGAAAGCAUGGGAGAUUUCGCACCAUUUGAGUUCCGUCCUUGUACCAUCAAAACUGAGGAGAAUGUUUCGUCCUCCCCACUUAUAGUUACUGAUAGGUUGAAUAGUGGUUCUGAACAGUUUCGACCUAAUAACUGUGAUACUCUACAUUUGGAAUCUAAAUUUGACAACACUCCACAUAGCAUGGUAACUGACCAAUGCCAAGGAGAAAGCAUAGAGCAUCGUAGUACAUUUAUGGCUGGCAAAAACAACAAUUUUUCAUUUGUUUCACCUGACAGAGAAUUGGAUGAAAAUGUUGCAAAGAGAAAUCAUUUGUCUGAAUCAGACACUAAAGUAGAUGCAAGGAACAUAGCUGAUUUUUUUUGUAACAAGGAAGAAUCCGUGCCGACUAAGUACAGUGCAUGCAAAAACCAAUACCUGGCUAUCCAAGAUGCCUGUGAUAAGACAAGUAUGCUUGGAUAUAAUCUCAUUGGUCAUAUGUUAGAAGAAUUUGUCAAAACUGAAGGCCUAGAUUUAAACUUGAGCAAGAGUUUAUACCUCACCGGUAAUAAUCGCACGGAAUAUGUUGAAGAUAUAGAAGAUCAGUCAUCAUCUAGGAAACAUGCAAGAGAUUUUGUUCAAGUAAUUGAAGAGCUGAUUCCUUCCUUUCCAGAUAGGUGA